GAUCUCCCCCCUCCCUCCCCUCCCGCCACCGCCCCCAAACCCUACCCCUCGGCCCCGCCGGAUCCGCCCCGACCCGGGACCCCGCGGCACGAGGGAGGAGGAGGAGGAGCGGUGGCGCCCGCGGUGGUGGCGAUGCGGAACUCCAUCGCGACCUACCGGGAGAGCCUCUCCCGGCUCGCCGUCGAGGUCGACGACGCCGCGGCCGACGAGGUCCCCGCGCCGUCGCCCCCCGCGGCGAUGGGAGGGGACCUCUCCGCCACGCCGCCGUCGUCGGGGAGGCGCCGCCGGUACUCCCGCCCCGGGCCUGGCACCGGCCCCGGCUCCGACCCCGCCGACCCCGACGAGAUUUCUAAACUCAGGGAGGAGAUACAAAAGCUUCAAGCUUCAGAGGCUGAAAUAAAGGCAUUAUCAUUCAAUUAUGCUGCAAUGUUGAAGGAAAAAGAGGAACAACUGGGAAAACUUCGUGAAGAAAAUGGGUCUCUUAAAAGAAAUUUGGAGAGCUGUAAGGCAGUUUCAGCCAAUUCUAAUGGUACUUUGGAAAGAUCACCCAGAGCUCAAAGGAAUGCAGUUCAGGAAAAUUCAUUGAACGUCACCAAGCAGAAUGGAUAUGGUGGUGGUUCUUCACAUGGUAUCCAGCCAAAUGGGCUGCAUUCGGUGACAGGGAAUCAUAAGGGAAAUGUGUUGGAGGAAGAGAGAGCAUCCUUUGCUAUCAAGCAGGCUAGUCUAGAAAAUGAAAUCAAACAAUUGAAACAACAACUCAGCAAUAAGUCCAAGAAAGAAACUGAAAUAGAAAGGAGGCUAGAAGAUGAAAACAAGCUGAAUGGAUUUCUCCAGCAAGAACUAAAUGAACUCAAGAUCAACAAAGAGAGGAUAUCGACUAGCAUGGAGGAGCUGCAUAAGGAACUUAAUGAGAAGAAAUCAGAGUUGAGACGCGUGCAAGAUGAGUUGAGCAGAAGGGACAAGGAGCAUGUAUCAGAUGCAUCUCUUCAGAGCCUAAGGAAUAUGUUAAUGGCUCUUCAGAAGGAGAAUUCCGAUCUAAAGAUAGAGAGAGCCAGGCUUGAGGCAGAUCUCAAGAGUAUGAAGAGUACCUCACAAAAAACAGCCGGCAGUACAUCUGAUAACAAAAUUCCUGACUCGGAAAAGGUUAAGGAAGAAAUGGAUUUGUUGAAAAGAGAGUUACAGGAUGCUUCUCGUGAGAGAGACAAAGCAGUGCAAGAUUUGGCUCGGCUGAAGCAGCAUUUGUUAGAUAAGGACCUUGAGGACCAAGAAAAGAUGGAUGAAGAUAGUAAACUCAUUGAAGAAUUGCGGGUAAUCUGUGAGCAGCAAAGGCUUCAUAUAGUGCAGUUAGAGAGGGCUUUAAAGGCUGAGAUAGCAAAGCAGGAGGAGAACAAAAGGAUCGUAAAUGAAGAGCACCAGAGGUCAAAUGAGCAGCUGGAAGAAUUGAAGUAUAAGCUUGCUACCUGUAUGAGUGCACUCGAAUCAAAAAAUGUGGAGCUGCUAAAUCUUCAGACUGCCCUUGGACAGUACUAUGCUGAGAGUGAAGCCAAGGAACGGCUUGGAGGUGAUUUAGCUGUUGCGAGGGAAGAAUUGUCUAAACUAUCUGAGUCAUUAAAGGUGGCAAAUCAAACGAUUGAGAUUGCAAGAAGGGAGAAGGAAGAUAUGGCUACCAAACUUUCACAAGCAGAGAGGAUGUUAGCAGAUGGGAAGCGCUCCAUGCAGAAGCUUGAGGAUGACAACUCAAGAUUGCGACGUGCGCUAGAACAAAGCAUGACAACAGUGAAUAGGAUGUCAUUAGAUUCAGAUAACUCCGUUGACAGGCGCAUUGUGAUUAAACUGCUAGUCACCUACUUCCAGCGGAAUCACAGCAAAGAGGUUCUGGACCUCAUGGUUCGCAUGCUUGGCUUCUCUGAGGAAGACAAGCAAAGGAUUGGCUUUGCACAAAAUAGUGCCGGUAAGGGUGUUGUCCGUGGUGUUUUGGGUCUCCCAGGACGCCUGGUUGGAGGAAUUGUUGGUGGUGGUUCAUCUGGCAAAUCUGCUCAAGCAUCUCAGGAUAGCCAGUCAUUCGCAGACCUAUGGGUGGACUUCCUGCUCAAGGAGACAGAAGAAAGGGAGAAACGGGAAGCCUCAGAAGCUGCAAAGCAGUUGCAGGACGAGAGCCAAACUGCAACUAGUACAAGUAGUUCGUCAGGCGGCCAACAAGGAUCACAGCACCCCUCAAACGUGGCACCUGGCCCUUCCACAACCACAAGGCCACAUGUGUUUGGUCGUCCAGACUCUGAAUUCUCAACAGUUCCACUCGCAUCAUCGUCAUACUCAUCUGUGCCGACUCAAUUUUCAAGACCACCUCAAAGAUGAUUGCAAUCAAGUGUACACUGUACAGUAUGGGAUUCCUUUUUGUUCUGGGGUGGUCCUGCAUCCAAAGGUUAAGCUAUUCGUUUCAUUCGUUGACAAUGCGAAGAUGAUAAUAGUUGAUUGAAAAGUUACUUUUUUUUUUCCCUCCUUGGGCAUGUAGAAAAGGCAAUAUGUAAAUGGAAUCCUAGACUCGCACCCUACACUAGGGAUGGAGAUAAAAUUAGAAUUGUCCAUUAUACCAUGUACGAUCUGAGAAUUGGAACCCUGUGUACCGGUGUUGUACUGCUAUGAAUAUGAGAAAAAGUUUUGCAUCCCAACUGAUUGAUUGGUA